AUGCAGAAUUUUGUGAAUGGUCUUAAGCUUAAGACUAAACAAUUAAUUGACACAGCUGCUGGUGGUUCAACAAAUUUUAAAACAGCCACUGAGAUAAAGAAGAUCAUUGAUGCUAUUGCAGCAAACGAACACUUAGAGCUGUAUGACCGCAGUGUAAAUCAACCAGAAGGGUUAGUUGAUUUGAAGUUGACGAAUCAAGUUGUUAAGAUGGAAGAGCAGAUCGCAGCUGAAGUUGAGCGCAGAUUAAAACAAAUGGCUCUUGAAAAAAAAACGGUGGCUCAAAUUCAACCUGCACAACCGACUCAAGCAGUGAAUUGUGAAAUAUGUGGGGGACCUCACUUUGCCGUGCAUUGUGUGGUCACAGCUCAGCAGGUGGAAGAAAUCAAUUUUUUGAAGCAGAACAACCCUUACUCUAAUACUUACAAUCCAGGGUGGAAGAAUCAUCCAAAUUUCUCCUGGAAGGAUCAACAAGGGAGUGUUCCAAAACAAGGGGUGAUUCCUUAUCAAAAUCAGCCACAACAACAACAGCAGUAUCAAUCACCGCAACAACAACCGUAUCAACAACCUUAUCAACAAGCUCAACAACAAUUCCAACAACAAGGGCCAAGAAAAAUGAGUCAAAUAGCACAACAAUUGGCAAAUCCUCAACAACAGGGUGCUCUACCUAGUACCACAGUUACGAAUCCCAAAGAUCACAAUAAUGUGAGUGCUAUAGUAACAAGAAGUGGAAAAGCGAAAGAAGUUGUGGAGGAGAACGCUGAAGAAGAAGAACCAUUGCUUGAAGUAGAUGUAGAAAUAAAAAAGAAUGAAGAACAAGUGGAAGACUUGGGUGUGUUGGAACCAACAACUAAAGGGAAGACUAGUGAACAAAAACCGGAAAUCAAAUUACCCUUUCCAACAAGAAAUAAGAAGAAAGGACAGCACGAGAAAAACUUUCAAAAAUUCUUGGAAAUGUUUAAGAAACUUGAGUUGAACAUACCAUUCCUGGAGGCGUUAGAACAAAUGCCUACCUAUGCCAAGUUCAUGAAAGAUAUAAUCUCCAAGAAAAGGACAACCGAUUGGUAUGAAGAUUCCGGUGAAGAAGAAAGACCGAGGCUCUGUAACUAUUCCUUGUACUAUUGGGGAUAG